AUGAAAGAUGAGGUGAGCAGAGAUUUGGAUGAUGAAGCUUUUAUGGUUGGAUUGAACCUCAAAGUUAACCUCAAAGUUUUGGUUUUAUACGAAUAUGGAUUGGUGAUGGAAGUGGGCCAAGCGAAAGUAACAACGAAGGAGAUUAGAGAUGUUGCACCGACGCAUUAUGUGCUCAAGAUUGAGUCUUUCUCUUUGUUUGCGAAGAACAACAAGGAGAAGUAUGAAUCGAAUGAGUUCGAAGCAGGAGGCUAUAAAUGGAAAUUGAUCCUGUAUCCCAAUGGAGACAAGAGCCGAAAUGGUGAAGAUCACAUCUCCAUAUAUCUGGCGGUUUCUGGGACCAGUGCUUUCCAAUCUGGUGGGGCGAUUCACGUGGCCGUUAGCUUCUCUUUAUACGAUCAAGUCCGCGAUAGAUAUUUAACUGAACAAGGGAGAGUUACGAGGCUUCACGUGUUGAAAGCCCAAUGGGGAGUUCCGAGAUACAUACCAUUAAAAUUUUUCACCGACCCGUCAAAUGGGUACCUGGUGGACGACACCUGCGUCUUCGGUGUGGAGGUUUUCGUCGUCAAGAGCUCGGGAGUCGGCGAACGUGUGAGGAUGCUGGAGGAGAGCACACCGUAUACUUAUGAAUGGAAGAUAUCAAGGCUCUCAAGCUCGGAGGAUGAAUCUCGAUACUCUGAU